AAAAAAAAAAAAAAAAAAACACAACAAGGAAGAGAAAGACCGAGAGCGCAUCGAUAGAUUGCACGCAGAGUUCCAGUCGGAAAGUGAAAGGAUCGUUUUUUUGCAGAUUGUUAAGUGGAAGUUGCGCGCAGAAAGUGAGACAGGAGUGAUAAUGGGACGCCCGGGCGGAGGAUGGGGAGGAUGGAGGAUCCUGCUUUAUGUCGCUGCUGUCAGCCUGGUCUUAGCUGAGGGAAGGAGGCUGAAGCCGCCCCGAUGCCCCUCUGGAUGUACCUGCACCAAGGAGAAUGCCCUGUGUGAGAAUGUCCGCUCCGUCCCGCACGCCUUCCCCCCAGACGUCGUUUCACUCUCUUUUGUCAAGUCAGGAUUCAAUGAAAUCUCAGGAGGAAGCUUUGUUCACACACCUAACCUGCAACUGCUAUUGUUCACAGCAAACUCAUUUGAUAUUAUUGACGAAGAUGCUUUUCUGGGUUUACCGCAUCUUGAGUACCUAUUCAUUGAAAACAACAGAAUUGCAUCAAUAUCACCAUUUGCUUUCAGAGGGCUGAAGACUUUGGUGCAUUUGAGUCUGGCUUAUAACAACCUGGAGACGUUGACCAAAGAUGUUUUCAAGGGCAUGGAAGCUUUGACAAAAGUGGAUCUGCGAGGCAACAAUCUGAUAUGUGACUGCAAGCUCAAGUGGUUGGUGGAGUGGAUGCAUCACACCAACGCCACCCUGGACCAGAUCUAUUGCAGCGGCCCCCCCACUCACCAGGGAAAGAAGAUCAAUGACCUGCUGCCAAGUUCUUUUGACUGCAUCACAGCAGAGUUUGCUUCCUAUCAGAUACUGAAGUUUGAGUCGAUUUCAGUGGAGUCAUUCACCUUCAACGAGGAGCAGUAUGUAGUGUUUGCCCAGCCCUUUGCAGGCACGUGCACCUUCCUGGAAUGGGAUCAUGUUGAAAUGACAUUCAGGACUUAUGACACCAUUGAAAGCACCUCCACUGUCGUCUGCAAGCCCAUGGUGAUUGACAACCAUCUCUUCGUCAUCGUGGCUCAGCUGUUUGGAGGCUCGCACAUUUAUAAACGUGACUCUUCUGCCAACAAGUUCAUCAAGAUCCAGGAUAUUGACAUCCUGAAGAUUCGCAAACCCAACGACAUUGAGACAUUUAUGGUUGAUGGGGAGUCUUUCUUUGUCAUCGCUGACAGUUCUAAGGCUGGCUCCACAACGGUGUACAAAUGGAACGGCAAUGGCUUCUACUCCCACCAGUCGCUCCACCCCUGGUAUAGGGACACAGAUGUUGAAUAUCUGGAGAUCUCCAACAAACCCCACCUGAUUCUGUCCAGCAGCUCCCAGAGGCCUGUCGUGUACCAGUGGAACAAGAGCCAGAAAAGAUUUGACCGCAGGACCGAUAUACCAGAAAUGGAGGAUGUCUUCUCAGUCAAACACUUCCGGGUAAAAGGUGAUCUGUUCAUAUGCUUGACAAGAUUCAUCGGGGACUCCAGGGUGAUGCGCUGGGACGGUGCCAUGUUCAAAGAGGUCCAGACAUUUCCCUCCCGUGGGUCUAUGGUGUUCCAGCCUGUUUCCGUCGGCAACUGGCAGUACGCCAUCUUGGGCAGCGAUUAUUCACUAACACAGGUCUACCAAUGGGACACUAAGAGGGGCCAGUUUAUCCCAUCUCAGGAGCUGAGUAUCCAGGCUCCCCGAUCAUUCUCUGUGAUCUCUGUUGACAACAGGGUGUUCCUGCUUGCUUCCAGCUUCAAGGGGAAAACUCAGAUAUAUGAGCACCUCAUGAUCGAUUUGAGUGAUUAAACUCAUUUCCUGUUUGGCACGUUUUGAUUUUCAAAUGCUUUCUUGUUUGAUUCUCUUCAACUUGUCAAACAUUUUCUCCCAUAACCCAAGAACAAUCUCAAGGUGUCAGAUGAGAUGUUAUGAGUAUGAUCCUGACAAGACUAAAAAAAAGGCCAUUUUACUUGCAUAAUAUUGUGGACUGGAUUCCCACAGACAAACCGAGGCCUUUUUAACUUUGUACAUCUGUAAAAGGUGUAUAAAUAGAAGGAGUGUAUGCACAGGCAUCUCUGUUCGCUGCUGUCUUGUUAGUCAAUUAGUUAAACUAGUCAGUAAAGUCUUUAUAAGUCACAUAUCAAAUGCAAAAGGUUGAGCAUAGCCUCUACCUCCGCAGAACUUGAUUAGAAUAUUUUGUGAUUUUUAUCACAAAAUAUUUCAGGCAAGUAUUAGAAAAAGCAGAGACCAUAAACCUUCUUUAUUUCAUACACUUUCUGUACAUCAAGAAAGUUAAAAUGACCUUUUUUGUCUGUGAGGAUACUGUCUACACUAUCACCUCGAAAGGCAUUAUCCCGCUUAUACCACGGUCUGCAGCCGCUUGUUUUUUUUUAAGUUUGUGGCUCGUGAUCCUCGCCACUGCUUGCUGGAGCAUUGGGAGAUGAUAAAAUGUUGCUCCAUUUUGGUCUCUCCUGUACUGAUGGAGCCCAGUCAGCCUGCAGGCUGCUCUCACAGCAAUGACCCGUCACAGACAUGAUCUGGUGAGUUUCCAGCCCGGCACCAGAGAGACGACUACAGCUGUGCUCCGGAGGCUACGUCACCUCCUUGUGCCGUUGCUCCGGUUUCUCUUCAUUUUCUUUUCUCUCCUCUUCUGCAUUCCAGUCAUCAAAAUUGUUAAAUUAACCAAAUAAAUUAAAAGAAAUUACAAAAUCACUCAUGUCGCCGUCCUGCGCUAGCCGGCUCUUCUUCUCUGAAUCUCCGUUGCCGUGGUUACCACCUGGCAGUUGAUCCAGCGCAAAGUUAUCAGGCAAUUUGACCGAACUUGUUUUCUAGGUGUAGGUUACCACUGUAGGUUAUAACUUAUAACCUACACCUGCCAGCCAAUCAGAAUCGAGUAUUCACACAGACCGUGGUAUAAGUGAAAUGUAAUUUUUGAGUCUUGUCAAAAAGCAUUAAACAGAUUUAUUUCAACAUAGCUCCAUCUCCCCAAGUGUUAACAUUAGCAUAUUCUGUUGUCAAUCAAAACGGCUUUGAUUGUGAUCUUUUGGCCUCAAAUGAAAGUUUACAUCUUAUCUAACAAUAGACCUGGGGUUGUUACACUCCAAAAUGUUCCUAUAUAAAAGUCGUAGCAGCUUCAUUUGCAGUUAUUAUUAAAUCAUUAAGGGUUUUUUUGUUGUUGUUUUGAGAAGUCUGAAACAUGGUUACCCUUAAACAGCAUCCUGACUUCUAUUACCGGUAUUUCUAUUAUCUGUUGUAACUAGUUAAUGAAAUAUUUCCAUCCUUACUCCUGAUACUGUUGGAAUGCCUUAUAGCCCUUUAAAAAAUUAAUGUCAUGCUUUUAUCUAAUUUAUUAUUCACUCUCAUCUGCUUUACUGGUAUGAGAUACACAUACUUUAUGCUCCUACAUGCAACUGCAUAUGGUUGUUUUCACAUUUCCUGUAAGACUUUAGGAAUGUGAUAGUGUUGAUAGCUGGUAAAUACGGUACUCCCUCCAAGGUGAUAUAUUUCUUGAGAAAAAGUAAAGAGUGGAGAAAAUUUAAUUUGCCUUGCUGAGUCAGACUUUGAAAGAAAAAAAUGGUCAAAACUAAUGGAAAAAAAAUUAAGUCUGUCAAAAAAACCUGCUGUUAGUUAGAGAUAGGAGAGACUGAGGGAAAAACAAACGUAUAGUGUCUUUGUAAGGUUAUCAUGUGCUGCCAGAACAGCUUCAGUGUGACUUGGCUUUAAUUCUUCAAGUCUGUAGAUCUCUACUGGAGGUGUGUAAAAAAAACACAUACUGUAGGUCCAACCGGCAAAACCAUACAGCACAUCAGUGGCAUACUCCUCAAACCAGUCAGGGCCCCCCCUUGCUAUAAGAAUGCAGGCAGUGUGAAGAUUCUCCCAAGAGGCCAGAGACGUUUCAGAAUAAGCAUGCAGUGCGUCCGAAAUGCCAUACUAAAAAGUAUAUACUAAAAACUAUACUUAAAUUCGGCACACUUUUGAGUAAAUAUCCGUAGUGUGCAUUAAUUCGGACGUACUAUUAAGAGCCACACGGCACUUCCUGCCGUAGGGAGGGGGGGGAGUUGUUACCAUGGUAACCUGUCACAGUAACAGCUCCGCUCCGCUAUUUCCCGUUUAUUCUGGCCGAAACAAGAUGAGAUUAUAUAAUAUUAUAUACGAAUAUUAUAAUAUUAAUAUUAUAUAAUAA